AUGUAUAAAUUAUUGUCAGCAUCAAUUAAAGAAGUAAGUCGGAAGAUAAAUGCCGGAGAAAUACGACCUUCUGAUAUUACAAAAGCAUCUAUUAAAGUAACAUCAGUAACUAAACCUCUAAAUGCUUAUAUCAGUAUUACUGAUGAAACAGCAAACAAAUAUGCUAAAAGUUCAGAUACGCGACAGCAAAGUAGUAGCUUAUUGGGAGAACUUGAUGGAAUUCCCAUUGCAAUUAAAGAUAAUUAUUGUACGAAAGAUCAUAAAACAACUUGUGCAUCAAAGAUGCUCUCAAAUUUUAUUCCUACUUAUGAUGCCACUGUGUAUCAGCGUUUGAAGAAUGCUGGAGCAGUUUUAAUUGGUAAGACUAAUCUGGAUGAAUUUGCUAUGGGUUCUGGAACUAUUGAUUCUUAUUAUGGGAUAACAAGAAAUGUAUGGAAUUCAGAUGUGUUAGAAAAAUAUUAUUCUUGUGAUAGUUGUAUAGAGGGACAUACAAAACAGUCUACAGAUGAAAAUUCUUGGCAUAUAGCAGGUGGUAGCAGUGGUGGUUCUGCAGUGGCUGUUGCAACUGGAAGCUGUUAUGCUGCAAUUGGUUCAGAUACUGGUGGUUCAACCCGAAAUCCAGCAUCUUACUGUGGUUUAAUUGGAUUAAAACCUACUUAUGGUUUGGUUUCACGUUAUGGACUUAUUCCACUUGUAAAUUCAAUGGAUGUACCUGGCAUUCUUACAAGGCAUGUUGAUGAUGCUGUGUUAGUUUUAAAUAGUAUAGCUGGUCCAGAUGAAGCAGAUUCUACUUGUUCAAGAAGAGAAUAUGUACCAUUUGAUAUACCAAAUACAAUAGAUGUUAGUAAUCUCAGAAUUGGAAUACCACAAGAAUAUAAAGAAAAGAACCUAUGCCCAGAAGUACAAAAAUGUUGGGAUGAAGUUUCUCAAUAUUUAAAAGAAGCUGGAGCCUUGCUUUUCACAGUAUCAUUGCCACAUACGAAUUAUUCUAUAAUGUGUUAUACAGUUUUAAAUCGUUGCGAUGUUGCUAGUAAUCUUGCUUGCUAUGAUGGCAUGGAAUAUGGUUAUAGGGCAGAUGAGUGGAAUUCUCUACAUGAACAGUAUAAAAAAACAAGGACAGAUGGUUUUGGUAAAGUAGUUAAAGAACGUAUAUUAGUUGGAAACUACUUUUUAUUAGAAGAAAAUUAUGAGGAAUACUAUGUUAAAGCAAUGAAGAUAAGAAGACUUAUAUCAGACGAUUUUAAUGCAGUAUGGAAUAAUAAUAUUGAUCUUUUACUCACUCCUACUACUCUAACAGAAGCUCCUAUUUACAGUGAGUUUAUUUCAAUGGAUAAUCAGGCACAAUGUUCCAUUCAAGACUAUUGUACACAACCUGCUAAUAUGGCAGGUAUACCAGCUAUUAAUGUACCAAUUAAACUUUCUAAAAAUGGUUUACCUUUAUCUUUACAACUUAUGGCACCUCCUUACACUGAGAAAAGACUUCUCACAGUAGCAAAAUGGAUUGAACAAAGGGUAAAAUUUCCAAAACUUAAACUGAAGGAUCUGUCUCUAUUAGAAUAA